GGACGGUGGCGGGAAGAUGGCGGCACCCAGGGAGUGGCUGGGAACAGUAGAGGCAGAGGGGAUCGCGGGUCGUCAGGGAAGCUCGGGAGUGGAGGUGGUAUUUCCUUCCGAUCCCGCCACCCCCGCCCCGCUGUGCCCUCACGGACCCACUCUUCUGUUUGUAAAGGUGAACCAAGGGAAAGAAGAAACACGGAGAUUCUAUGCCUGCUCAGCCUGUAGAGAUAGAAAAGACUGUAAUUUUUUUCAGUGGGAAGAUGAAAAGUUGUCAGGAGCCAGACUUGCUGCCCGAGAAGCUCAUAACCAAAAAUGCCAGCCUCCUCUCUCCCGAACGCAGUGUGUGGAAAGGUACGUGAAGUUCAUUGAGUUGCCCUUGUCUCAGAGGAAGUUUUGUCAGGGAUGUCAGCAGCUGCUGUUGCCAGAUGACUGGGAGAAGCAUCAAGAGCACCGGGUGGUAGGUGAUAUUUCUAUCACCCAGUUGAAAAGGCCCAGUCAGCUUCUUUAUCCACUGGAAAACAAGAAGACAAAUGCCCAGUAUCUGUUUGCUGAUCGGAGCUGUCAGUUCUUGGUAGACCUACUUUCUACCCUUGGAUUCACAAGAGUCCUGUGUGUUGGAACACCGAGGUUGCAUGAGCUGAUCAGAUUGAAAGCAUCAGGUGAAAAGAAGUCUAACAUUAAAAGCCUUUUAUUGGAUAUUGAUUUUAGGUAUUCACAGUUUUAUAUGGAAGAUAGCUUUUGCCAUUAUAACAUGUUUAACCAUCACUUCUUUGAUGGAAAGGCUGCCCUUGAAGUAUGCAGAACAUUUUUACAGGAAGAUAAAGGUGAGGGAGUCAUUAUGGUGACAGAUCCUCCUUUUGGUGGCUUGGUUGAACCUCUGGCUGUUACAUUCAAGAAGUUAAUUGCUAUGUGGAAAGAAGGUCAAAGCCAAGAUAGCAGUCAAAAAGAACUACCCAUAUUCUGGAUUUUCCCCUAUUUUUUUGAAUUCCGAAUUCGUCAGUUUUUUCCAAGCUUCUGCAUGCUGGAUUACCAGCGCUUCCAUAGGACGUUUAUUUGUGUGGAUGAAGCUAUGAAAUAUGGAUGUAUGUUAGAGGUAGAUUAUGAUAAUCAUGCACUUUAUAAACAUGGGAAGACAGGUCGAAAACAGUCUCCUGUGCGUAUUUUCACCAAUAUUCCACCCAACAAAAUAAUCCUUCCUAGCGAGGAAGGGUACAGAUUCUGCCCUUUGUGUCAACGGUAUGUUUCCCUAGAGAAUCAACACUGUGAGCACUGUAAUUCUUGCACCUCCAAGGAUGGCAGGAAAUGGAACCAUUGCUUUCUCUGCAAAAAGUGUGUAAAACCUUCCUGGAUCCACUGUAGCAUUUGUAGUCACUGUGCUCUUCCAGAUCAUUCUUGCGGGGGCCCUAAAGAUGGCUGCUUUAUUUGUGGUGAAUUAGACCACAAACGUAGUACUUGUCCUAAGAUCACUACAUCUAAGAAAGUGAACAACACCUUGUUUUUCAGAGCUGUCAGAAAGCAGAAGCAAAGAAAAAGUAAUAAGAUGAAAAUGGGGACCACUAAAGGACAAUCCAUGAAUCAUACAUCUGUUACAAGGAAGAAGAGCAGGAGAGAAAGAGCCCAUCAAUAUCUUUGCUCUUAAAUGUCCAGUGACUUGAGAAUAAGAAAGAUUUAUAGUCCAACCUUUGAUGCCAUUUUCUGAAAGUGCCACACUGGACUUAAAUUCUUUCACUUUCAAAGGUAUGCACCUUUCUAAGGCAGAUAAUGGGCAGGUGGUAUUUGCUGGUUUAUGGACCCCUCUGCAGGCCCUCUGGAGACCUGGGGGAGGUGUUCCAUCCUGAGCUAGUUGACCAGAUCUCUCUGUAUGCCUUUUUUUUUUUCUCUCUCUAAUUCUCUCUGAAUCAUAUGAUUUUGGCCUCUUUUGAAAAAACGGGCAUGCAGUGUUCUUUUGUAGAAAGUGUCAGAAGAAAAAUGAAAGUGAAAACUUGAGCUCUUGUUUACAUUGAAUGCGGGUAUGUUAAAUUAGGUCCAGAAAUCUUUUAAGUUAAAUAUCAAAACAUUGUAUGAUGACUUAAACCCCACUUGUGAAGUAAAGUACAAUGAACAGUUAUUUUUAGGCAAAGAUGAUGGGAAGAAUUUUGACAAAACUAAAGAUAUAAAGAUUAUAAUUAUGAUUUUAUUAUUAAAUAUUUGUCUCUCAA